AUCCAUGGGCAAGUUUACUUUUCACUUCAUGUUUUAGAUUUCAUACUUAGAAUUGAGCUCAGGAAUUAGGCUAGAAUAAGAAUGUGUGGUCUUUGAUAUCUAAACGGUUUAAAAGGCCUGUUGUCCUUCGUAGAGAGGUGGCUGGCUUCCCAAUGUGCAGCUUAGGAAUGGUAGUUGAUGACCACAUCGAUAGUCGCCAUCAUGGAUGACCGACCCUAUCUUUGGAUUGUUCUGUACAUUUCAUGGAGUAUGACACUUAGAGCAAACUGUCAGCUCUCACAGAUCUUCUACAUGUGCCCAGAGAUGGAGCGCGAUAUGGUGAAAUGUGGAGACGAGUUUAAGAUACACCAGGACGACCUAGCCACGUUCCCCGUUAACCUUAUUGCAGCCUCGGAUGAGAAGCAGAAACGCAUCUGUAGAUCAGGUGAAAUAAUGUCAGCCGCCAAGUGUAUAGAGGGCGCUAUCGACAAAGCCGACUGCAGCGCCAUGGAGUUUGAGACUGGAACGUCACUAAAGAAAAUCAUGAAAUUUAAUGGGACGACAAGUGCGGUUGUGCGUUUUUGCAACAGUAUUGGCACCAAAUACCAUCGCCAAGCAGUGAGUUGUUUCGGGGGAGCCUACAGAUAUAUGGCUGACUGUAUGACGGCGUAUGGUCCAGCAAUGGAGACCGAAGCCAAGAGGAAAAUCGCAAAUGCUGUCGAAAACCAGGAGAUAUUGGAAAUAUCUAUAUGUAUAUCCUACCAUAUAUACAAAUGGUGUACAGAGGUUGCCAUGGAAACAUGUCCUGAAGCACGUGACUAUGCCAUGGAGGUCCAGCGACUGAUCACGCCCGUGGUCUGUCAGAAACAUUAUUUCGGCCUCACCAAAGUUGGAUACUCUACGUCACAAGCGACGCAGAUUCUCUCGAGAGGGUUGUUUUUAUUCGUCCAUCUAAUUUUUUUUCAUAUACAGUUUUUAAUGCCCCAUUUGCUACAGUGUUCUUUGAUAUAGAAUGGAACUGACUCUCGAAAACAACGAACGGAACAAGUACGACCAAAAUCAAGUUGCCUUGAAUGGGACCUCUACAACAGUGAUUGUUUUGUGAUUAUGAUGAGGUAAAUGACUAAUGGCUUUUGUAACUUAAAAUUGAGUCAAGUGCGUGCUCUUGUUUUAUACGCAUUCAGAAUGAUUUGAGACCAAACUUCACCAAUGCUAGUUUAAUUUCAAGUGUACUACGUUUUCUGGGUGUUUGUUUCCGAAAUCUGAUAGUCGAUCGCGAUAAUUGCUUUUGAAAAUGUAAUGUGAAAGUGGAAAAGCGGCAAUUCCCACAGUCUGUUUCAUUAAGGUGUUGGUACUUAUAUGCGACGCACUUGCACGAGGAACUAGCUCGAUUCUGCCGCCCAGGGAAUGAAGUUAAGAGAACUUACAAAUUUUCGAGUAAAUUCUUUACAAAACGUUGUUUCGAUCUCCGGUACACUCAAACUCUAAUCCGGUGAAGAAAUUGCAGAACGUUUGAAAGAUGUCUUCUAACUGAGCCUAUAUUCCGACAGGACCUUUCAGUAAAGUAAUGAUGCAACGAUUGCUUCUCUUCAUGGUCAUGAACUGUAAAGCCAUUCAUAUCGAACUUAGUGCGCAAAUAUUCAGGAUAAAAACAGACUUCGUGAUAUCUGAAAAUGUGACGAGUGUGCGGCCUGGUCGGGAAGAAGUGGCGUGUGCUCUCUCCUGUAUUGCUGACGGGGACUGCGUAGCCUUCAGCGUAAUGGCCGAAGGGAGCUGCUUGCUCGGUUCAGAAGGUGAUAUUUCGCUACUCUCCCCCGGCGCCCUUUCUGGCAGAAAAUCACCCCUUCCCUGGUGCAUCCCAUCGCGGGGUGGGAUGCUAUAUCUCAAUGACCUGAACGGUGACGGCCAGCUGGACUUAAUAUGCCACAAUGGAGUAACUAAAACACUGAACUUUGCUCUAUCUAAGGGUAAGAAUUCCAUGAUCUUCAGUUAUCAGAAAGAACAGGAUUAUGAAGUGUGCCCCUCUGACCACAAAACCUUCUUGAGUGUUGGUCCGAUGUCUCGCAAUGGGGUCUCUAUAUUGUGCCAUGACUUGACGUCGAUGGACAAAGUGCAUACGCGAAUCAGCGGGUCGCUGAAUUUGGAAACAAAUGACUGGCUGAGAGGCGAUCCAUUCUGUAGUUGUAAAGAGUGUUUCGUUGCGAACAUAGGAUUUUUCGAUGACUCUACCAGGAGCCAACAACUCCUGUGUUCUGAUCCUAUUCAUGGAUCAGUAGAACUCUACGAUUUCGAUUCUGGUCAAAUCAAAACGAUUGCCCUAAGUUUCUGCAGAAAAAACAAUCACUAUGAGAGUAGAUUUUUCGCCCAUCGAAUGUUUGAAGACACGUAUUUCGAUCUGAUAUGUCACCAGAAGACGCUUUCGACAUCCGCCACCACGAUCCAAGUCUAUUUUGGUAACAAAUGGAAUCACGGGCCGGUGUCUCUGAACACAACCGAAACAUGUCCCUUCGACUCGUAUCUCGACAUGGGACACUUCAACCGCGAUCGUCACCUUGACUUGGUGUGCAUCUCCGGAACAGGCACGGAACGAAAAAUACGUAUUUUCUUAGCGAAGGAAAAUACGUUUAGCGGAGUUGACUGGGAGGGAACGUUCACUUGGUGCACUGAUCCGGGGUCGAGGAUUUUCACGGGAGAUUUUCUCGGGAAUGGCCGAAGUCAGUUCUUGUGUCACGGGCAGGAUGGCUCGCUUGAGAUGAUGGGUAGUCCUUUCAUUCAGUGAUGUACCACAACUGACUCGCCAGAUUGGACUUUAAUUCGAUACCCAAUGAAGUAAGCAAAGUGAUGUGUUUGCAAGAGAGUGGUGGUACGACUGACUCCAACUCGCCGCUCGUCAUUUGCCUACAUGUAAUCUGAUAUUGAGGAUUCCUGAUACUUUUACAGCUUACACUGUGGUGGCUCAGUCCAUUCUAGGAGAAAAUGGCAUUGUAUACACUCCGAUGUUCAGAUCAGUUUUUUACCAAGGUUGUCUGUUAAGAUCCGUUUGUACGUUCUAAUUAUCAUUAUCUGAUUAUGUAUGUCUGAGAACACUUGGCCUAUAUGCAUAAGCGCACGUAAGAGAGCCCUAUAAAUCAUUGCGUACGAACUUCGGUAACCGCGGUACAUAGAAGUACAUUAUCGUCGAGAAAGCUGCACCGUCUGAGAUCAGGUGGGUUGUGAUUCUUAAGUAUACCUAGGCUAUCUGCUUACAUGACUCAUGUCAUGUCUACACACGGCUAUUCAACACGCUCAUACCAGUAGACCCCGUGUGGUUGUUACCCGGCGGUAGCAGUUUCCGUGUCGGUUUCAGAGCUAUCUUUCAAAUAGGAGUUGCGGCUAUCCUGCGGGAACGCGAAUCAACCCACACAUCCUUCCACGGAUAAGUGCUUAGAGUUUAGGCUGGUUUCUCGAAGAUAAGUGCAAAUACUCAAGUCAACACUUUCAUGAUGACGUCAUACAUGACCUUGACGCUGCUUCUUCCCAGCCUCGUAAUGAGCGCGCCAAUGAAAAUGCCAGACAACAUGAUUGACAUGACCCACGGACUAGUCGACAACAUGCCUGCCUUUCCAGGACACGUUCCCUACACCUUCACCAUCAAUGUGAGGGGGGAGUACCCCCUGCUGAAGAACCCGGACAUUUAUAUAGAAAUGAACACGAUCCGCCUAUCAGAGCACACGGCAACACAUGUUGACGCCCCUGCCCACUUUGCAAAAGGAAAAUGGCGGAUUCACCAGAUUCCCAACCGGAACUUCGUGGCACCCGGGGUUGUCAUCGAUAUAAGGGACAAGGUAGCCAAGAACCCGGACGCACAGAUUGACAAAGAUGAUCUGAAAAUGUAUGAAGAGAAAUACGGACAAAUUCCAAAUAGGGCAUUCGUGUUACAAAAUGCUGGCUGGGAAGAACGGUGGAUGAACACCACUGAGUAUCUCGGAAGAAGCUAUACCAGUUCGGGGAACGUCAACAUAUCCAGCCUUCAUUGGCCGGGCUUCAGCCUGGAUGCGACAAAAUGGUUGGUCGAGGAACGGGAUAUUGUCGGGAUAGGCACUGAUGCAAUGUCCUUCGACCUGGGAAACACGAAGGACUUUCCUGUACACAGAUACCUUCUAGAGAAUAACCGCAUUGGCUUCGAGAUGGUCGCCAACCUCAGCAGGAUACCACCAGCCGGAGCCACCAUCUACGCCUUCCCUAUCAAAAUCAUGGACGGGAGUGGCGCCCCUGUGCGGAUGUUUGCGAUGUGGUCAAACGGAGCGGUUGCGCUCAAUCCUACAUCGUUGCUGCUGUCAUGUGUAUGUGCCAUUAUUUUGUUGUUGUUUCGUCAUUAAUUAAGAUGGCAUCCUAAUGGAAAUGUUUCCUGUUUGAAAUUCCCUGCGAGGAUCCAACUGCAGUACCCCCAACAAAAGUUCGUUUGUAUAUACAGCAGCCGCCAUGAUAAGGAAAUGUCUUUCAAGCUCUAAAUCCUUGAACAAUCCUUUGAACAAAAGAGUAGUUCUUAUCAUCCAGAGAGACUAAACUUUCUGUCACACCCGGCCAGCCUGUAUCACACACUUAAUGUUUUUAAGAAAUUAAUCAGAUAUAAAAAUAAAAGUUGUCUCA